AAUCUCCCUUGACCAACCACCCAAGGAACAUCAGUCAUCGGAAAGCAGCCCACGAACGACCAUGAAAUGGGCGCCAUCGAUUGCUAUCCAAACUCCAAACUCAAGCUGCAAAGCAUGUUUCUUCACCGCAAAUACACUAAUCUAAUUUCCAAGGCAAAAGAGGUGGCGCUAGUUGCCCACCCCCACAUCAUGCCAUCCCCAACCAUCCGCUCUUCUGCUGCUAACUUAACCCGCACUAUGGCCGCCAUAAACAAAGACGGCAUUGGAGUCGAUCCCCAUGAACUGGAUGCCAUUUUCGAACAAAAACGAUCUCUUAGAUCCAAAGUACGCAAAGCUCUCAAAAACAUGGACCCAAUCCUGAGAUCACAAGAAGAUAAUGCUAUUCAGAAUAUUGUUGUAGAAUCUUCAUGGUUCAAAGCAAGUAAGAGCUUAUGUGCGUACGUAAGUUCCCCUGCUUUACUCGAAGUCGGUACUUCAAGGAUUAUCUCGGAAGUUUUGUCAAGUUCUGCCAAAGAGAGGAAGAAACUUUAUGUUCCACGGGUGGAGGACAGGAAUAGCAACAUGAAAAUGCUGAUGAUAUCCAGUGUUAAAGAUCUUAUUGAAAAAUCAAUGAACAUAUUGGAACCAGCCUUGGUAGAUUCUGAUGGGAACCAACGUGAAGACGUUAUGCAGGCAAGUGAUCCAGUGGACCUGUUUAUAGUACCUGGGCUUGCAUUUGACAAAUCCGGAAGCCGUUUGGGCCGAAGUGGGGGUUACUAUGAUUUGCUCCUGAAGAACUACCAAGAGCUUACAAAGAAGAAGAGAUGGAAGCAGCCCCUUCUUGUUGCACUGUCAUAUUCAGUCCAAAUUAUUGAGGACGGAGUGAUACCAGUUACUCCAUUUGACAUUCCCAUGGAUGCUCUUGUAUCUCCUGCUGGGUUCAUUCCGAUAAGUGGAGCUGCUUUGAGGAGAUGUGAGUGAGCAAAGUUGUCUGGUUUCAUCUGGCAAUGGCAUAGCAAUUGCGUUUCAGCUCAUAGGAGGCUGGCGUCUGAACAAAUGAAGCAUGGUCAGCAUAAUAAGUCAAGUGAUUUCGAAAAUAUACAGGUCUGUCUUAUUUGACUUUUUCUUAUAACUGGAAAGAAACUCAAUUGGAUGUGACGAAACAGACUUAACCUAAACUUGUCAAUCUUGCGGGACGGCUUAAUUUCAGAUUUGGUCGAUUUAGUUCAGGUGAUUGGAGUUUCUAAAAUUUUUGAAUCAAUUUGGAUUUCAGAUCA